AGAGCGGUACGGAGGGAGAGCGCGGCACGGAGCGGCACGAAGCGGCACUGCUGGGCUCGCCCUGCCCAGCGCCCGGCGGAGCGGAGGUGGGAAGCAGCAGUAGCUCACAAUGGCCCUGGCGGACAGCGCGGGCUGUGCCAAACCCAGCGAGGAUUUGCCUUUCCCUGAAAUCAUUGAGCUCAACGUGGGCGGACAAGUCUACAUCACCCGGCACCCCACCCUGAUCAGCGUGCCGGGCUCGCUGCUCUGGGAGAUGUUCACGCAGAAGAACAUCCGCUCCUUGGCUCGCGACAGCAAGGGCCGCUUCUUCGUGGAUCGGGACGGCUUCCUCUUCCGCUACAUCCUGGAUUACAUGAGGGACCAGCAGCUGGUGCUGCCCGAGCACUUCCCGGAGCGCAGCCGGCUGCAGCGAGAGGCUGAGUACUUCAUGCUGCCAGAGCUGGUGAAGAUGCUGGCCCCAAAGCUCAGCAAGCAGAAUUCUCUGGGGGACGACCCGUGCCAAAGUGACCCUGAGGAGCCAUCCCCCAGCGCUGACACCGCCCGCAGCCUGACCGCUGCCAGUGCCGCGCUUACCAGUGCUGGGGCUGGCGGUGCCGGGGGCACGGGCACAGCAGGCGCUGCUGGCCCUGACAUCCGCAGGGCUGGGUUCAUCACCAUCGGCUACCGUGGCUCCUACACGCUGGGCAGGGACAGCCAGACGGAUGCCAAGUUCCGCCGGGUGGCGCGGAUCAUGGUCUGCGGCAAGACGUCGCUGGCCAAGGAGGUUUUUGGGGAUACCUUGAAUGAGAGCAGGGACCCAGACAGGCCUCCAGAGAGGUACACCUCCCGGUACUACCUCAAAUUCACCUUCUUGGAGCAAGCCUUUGACAAACUGGCCGACGCUGGCUUCCACAUGGUGGCUUGCAACUCCACAGGCACCUGUGCCUUCGCCCAUGACCAGACAGACGACAGGAUCUGGACCUCUUACACCGAAUAUGUUUUCUAUCGUGAGUGACACCAAAAAUAAACACCUGUCCAACCACCGAA